CUGCAUGCGUGCUUUAACUGAUUUAGUGAUAUUCUCGAAAAUUAUGCAGGGGUGCUGUGCUGUGUACAGUACUGAAACGUGGAAAUCAAUGUUAAAAAAUAACGCAAAGUAGCACUUUUCUCAAAAUGCUUGUAAUUGGAUUAUUGUCUGUAUUAACAGUCGUAACAGGUUCCGGCAUGAACCUCGAAAAGGACUGCCAUCAUCCAACGUUUGACUAUGAGAAAACUGGAUUGCCAAACACCACUUUUCCCUUUCCUUUCCGCACUGAUUUGCUGACAAUGGAUGAAUGCAAUGCCCUCGCUGCCAUAGAUGAACGGCAUGGCUGCGGACUGCUGCCAACCAUGCAGCCUAACUGCAACAUAACUGAACACGAUUACAACUACAAAAAUCACCCCUUAUCCAGGACCAUCUUAAGAAUCCUGCAGUGUCAACAGAAAAAACGUUCCGAUAUGCAAGAUUUUACGGGAAACAUCAGCCGAAUCAGCCCUAACCGAGCUGUUACCAUCGUGCUGGCGGAGAAAAGCCGUUCGGUAGAUUCUGACGUUAUUGGACCCAUUCGGCUCCAAAUCGUAGAUCUGACCGUUAUUUCCAAUAACCAUUUCACCACAGGCAAGGUCUACGAAGCCGGCAUCCUGCCCCGAUUACUGCGUUUUGAAGUGUGCAAAGGCCGCAGGUUGGUUGUCUACAAGCAGGAUUUUGCUCGCAUGCCGGAAGUACGGAUGAUCUGUUUUGGCGCGUCGGUCAUCGAUCACCUGCAGCGAUACACGUUUAUGGACUUGCCGCACCUACGGAGUUUGAUGCUGGAGAAGGACAUAACCUUUGAACUGAACGCAAAAGAAAUGUUGGCAGAACGUUCCUCAACUGGUACAUAUAAACCGAAGUUUAUGAGCAACCGCGAAGUAAUGGAGUUGCGACAUCUGCACUGUGACUGCUCGAUGACAUGGUUCCGGAAUUUUCUAAAGCUGAGACAGCUUCUUGCCGAAAGAGAAGUGGGCGAAGUGUUCAUCGUGGGCAAUUACCUGUCGCCGUAUAUUCACCCCAUGGGGAGCCUGCACUCGCAGAUGAUGAGUGUAGAUUGUGCGCGGGAACUAACUUACAACAAUACGCGCGUCGGCAUGGAUUUCUCGUACAAUACAUAUUGUGACAAUAUAGGGUGUCAUUUCUAGCUUUUUCGGUUCGACGGUGUCACAGUGCGGCGUUCAUUAAUACAGCAUAUGAACAAUGAAAACGUACUCAGG